CCUCAGGCAACAAGCUUCUAGACCUCCCUCCACAACACCUGCUGAACCACAGAUGACGAGGUUCUCUUUAAUUCACACGCUUAUAUAAUUUCAAACAAAGCAGAGAUUUGUAUUUUCUAAAUUGUAAAUUUUAUAAAUGUUAUGAAACGUCGCGCUUUUGGUCCAGCAAAACCCGAUCUCAGCUCAACCGAACAAUUGCCUCAACCGGUGUGGGAACAACUAAGCGGGACCGUAAAAUACGUAAGUGUCAUAGACUUUAAUACACUCUGAACUUUCGGUUAAAAAUGGAUUGGAUGCAUCUUUGUGGAAAUGAUCCAGAUCAGACCCUCAUCUGAUUCCUAAUCCGCCGUCUGUUGUUUGGAUAUAAUGCUGGAUUGCUCAAAAUGACUGAGCUGAAUUUUCCCUUCAUAGAGGAAAAUGGAAAGGAAGUGGAUAAAACUUUGGACUGGAGUUGUACCGAAUGUAACGAGAAGGAAAAGGAAAAGAGGACGGAUGCAUGUACCCAAACUCAAUGUGCAGAGACAGAGGACAAAAUGAUGCAAACGAGUAAUCCUUUCAUAAUGCAAAUAGAUUUAGAAAGGACGCCCAGCAGGCCGAGGUUAAGUUCGUUGGCGGACGCCGACGGCACGUCUGUGCAAUUAUUUCCGUUUAACAGAAAAGCUCUGGGCCGGAUCUCCACGUCCCCCACUCUGAGGAGGAUGAGGAGCACUAGACUCCCCUCCCGAGAGUCGGACAGGUUUGAUAGCCCUUUGGGAGAGGAGUCAACUUCUCCGAGGAGUCCCCUGUCACCUGUAUACCGACAGUCUCCACUGGCGGCCCAGUCUGAUGGACAGAGCGCAGUCUUCAAAGCCACAUCCGUGACUAGAUCACAGAGAUCACAGACCCUCGACAAUGGUGUCAUAUGCAAAAGUCAAGGGUCUGAUGAUACAAAAGAGGCUGAUUCGGAUGACAAUGUUGAUGACGAUCAGAUGAUCGAGGUGUAUGAUAAAAGGCUGCAGGAGAGGAGGCGGAGCUCUGUGGUUGUUAGUCUUCCCGGAUUGGAUAUUUCCCCUGGAGAUUUAUUUGUGUCCAAUGGCGUUGCAGAUAUUUUAAAUAAAUCACCUUAUUUAGAAACUAAGAAAAUGAAGUGGCCCUUUUUACGACGUAGUACAACAAAAGGGAAGUUUCGUAGCGUCGCAGACAUAGACAAGUGUUUGGCUGACAUUCAGGUCCAGGAAUGGAGGGACACAGACUUUCAGACAUACAAGGAUAUGUCUUUAGGAGAGUUUCUGAACGGUCGCUCUGAACUGAGGGUCGCCAAGGAUCCUAAAGCUUACAGAAAGCAGGAGGCCAUCUGGGAGCUGUUCACCAGUGAAUGCGUCUACUUCCUCGAUCAGCUCAUGGUUUUAAAAGAGGUGUUCUUAAACACAUUGACAGAGCUGCAGAUGAGAGACUGCCUACAGGAUAUUGAUUCUUGGAUGCUUUUUGCAAAUCUUAAUGAGCUUUGCUUGGUCAGCUUUGGCUUUCUUACGAGUCUCUUUCGUGAAAUUAAGGAAUUGUGGAAAACUUCAGACUCUUAUAGUACUCAGACUCUUUUGGACCUCCUCAAAAAGGCGUUUCUUGAAAGCAUUUGCCAUUGUCUGCAAAAAUACUGCUUAAAUUACAGCACAGCCAUCCUUUAUCUGGACAGCAUGAAGUUUAGAGAGGACUUUGGCUCAUUCGUGAAGUGGUGCGAACGGAACGAGCAGUGCCGCAGGCUUCAGUUGAAGGAUCUGCUGGUGGUUCCCAUGCAGAGGUUUACACGGUACCCUCUACUGUUAAAGAACAUUGGGAAGAGGGGCUGCACAGAGGCGGAGGAGAACACACUGCAGAGUAUUGUGGACCUUGUGGACAAAGCCAUCUACGACCUUGAGGGCAAAGUAAAGUGGUUGGACAACUAUCAGAAGGUCAAACGGCUGAAGGAAGUUCUGGUGUGGCUUCCUUUAUGGGAGAGAGAAAAGAGAGCACAAGUACCUGAGAAUCUGAAGCACUUGUUAAAGGCUGUGACCUUGGAGAACCUGGUGUCUAACCGUAAUCUCCUCUACGACAGCAGGCUUCUCCUAAUAGAAAACACAAAGAUGCGCGACGUUUACUUGUUUCUCUUUGACGAAUUCCUUCUGAUCACCAAAAUCAAGCGAAGCAAAAAGAAGCCCAGUGUGGUGGAGCCGAACACUUUGCGUCCCGUUGCGGGCCAGGAUUUUGAAAUGUUAAUACAGGAAGGCUGUAGUUUUACUGUUCUGGAUCAGCCCAUCUCAAUAGAUCGCCUGCAGUUAAAGAACAUAGAUCAGCUCAACGCCACAGCAUCUGGUCUCCCAAAUUCUUUCAUAAUAAUGCAUCAGAAUCGCUAUCAGCAAUGCAUUGGAGUCUUCAUUCUACAAGCCCAGACUGAAUCUGUAAAGAAAACGUGGAUGUUGGAGAUAGAGAAUGCUAUUAAUUCUCUGUUGAAGCAGGACUCCCAACAGCCUCGGGUCAAGAACUCUUCUCUAUAUUUGGAGUCGUCACAAAUCUAACUUUUUUCCUCAAGGUGCCAUCUGAGCCCUUAGCAGAUCACUAGAGCAAUACAUAAACAUAAAGUAUAUAAUGUUGCACCACUUUAAAAGUGGUAACCCUGAACAGUUUGAAGGACCAUGAGAGGAACAGUGUGUCAGUUCUCUUUAUGUCAUUUUUUGGAGAACGAAUAAAAACCCUGCUCCUGUCACAUACUGUAUGAAGAUGCUGAUUUAACCUGUUUGACACAUAGUAGUGCGACUGCAACAUUUCUCAUUGUGUAGAAUGCUCAGAUAAACCGGAUCAGAAAUGCUUCUCAACUGUAAUAUGAAGAUCUUGGUUGUAAUGAAGUUUGUUGUUGUAAAUUAGUGAGAGUAAUUAAAGUGUUUGAAACAAUAAUGUGCACUAUAUUGUCUUGGAAAGGAUUUCCAAGUUUGACAAUGAAAAAUAAAAUGCUGUUCAGUUGUUUUUA